AUGGCUGCGGUGUUUACGUGUUGUUUUGGCUGCUGCGGAGAAGGGGGAUCCGGACACAUUCCCCUCAAAGAGAUGCCCACUGUCCAGUUAGACACUCAUCACAUGGGCACUGAUGUCGUCAUUGUAAAGAGUGGUCGAAGGAUAUGUGGGACUGGAGGCUGCCUUGCUAAUGCUCCUUUGCACCAAAACAAAAGUUAUUUUGAGUUUAAGAUUCAGUCCAGUGCUGCUGCCCUGCAUCAGGGUUUUGCUACUGAUGCUCCUCCGACUGCCCAGACUUCUGCUGCGCCGCACACUGACCCCGGACGGCCCGAAAGAGGAAACUACAACGUCACCAACGGCACCGGCACCAUCUGUUUGCUGGCAUACAUGGGUCUUCAGCUCAACGUCUCCUUCAGCUCCGUCUCCCAGAACAAGACGGUGCAGGAGGUUGUGAACAUUAAGCCCAACGAAACAAACGCUUCAGGCUCGUGUGACAAAGAGAAAGCCGUCCUGCUGCUCAGAGCAGAAGGAGUAAAAAACGACCUCACCUUCACUUUCACUCUGAAUACUACAACUAGUAAGUACCACCUGAGUAAAGUUUCUCUGAAGGCAGCCUGGCCGGACAUGAAAGCGCCCAUCUCGGUGAAGAACAGCAGCUUGGACUACCUACGGGGAACCCUGGGACACUCCUACUUGUGCCGCGAGGAGCAAACUUUGACCGUGUCCCAGGAUUUGUCCAUCAACACCUUCCAAGUGCAGGUGCAGCCCUUCGGUCUGUCUGGAGACCAGUUUGGAGCAGCUGAGGAAUGCCAGCUGGAUGUAGACAACCUGUUGAUCCCCAUCAUAGUGGGAGCAGCUUUAGCAGGCCUGGUCCUCAUCGUGCUCUUGGCCUACCUGAUCGGCAGGAAGAGGAGCCACGCAGGCUACCAAACCAUCUGAGGCUGCUGGUUUGACGCCAGAGGCUGGAGCAUGCCCUUUCUCCUCUCAAGUCCAAUGUACCACUAUCUAGUGAGAGUUACUGAGUCUUUGCCCUUCUGCUCGUCUGCCCUUCAUCUCCUCGUGCGUUUGCUGCUUUUCUCUUUUGAUAACACUAGAUUUGACUCUUUGCAGAGGUAGACGUUUGUUUUCUGAGCUGAUUUACUCUUUCGGAUUUAAGGGACUUUGCUGGGAGGUUGUAAUAAAAUAUAUGUCUCUUUACUGGUAACAAGUAAAGUGGGGGAAUCAUGGUCAGAGGAUCACUGGGACACCUCGUACUGUUGUUUCUAUUUAUGAUUUCUGUGAAAAGGAUUUUUGAGGGAUUGUGAGAUUUGAGCAGCUUUUCUUUAUUUUGGGGUGGCCAUUUUUAUUGGUUUGUCCCAAACUAGAACACAAAGGGAACAUUUCGCCCUGCUGAAACAUUAAAGAUCAAACUUGUUUUUUUCUUAUUUUAUGCUACUGGGUGGUACUGUUUGCUUUUUUUUAAAUUUUUUUAGUUUUGUUUGUUUUUGAUUUCUUCCCACUUGGAGUUGUAGUUGCUAAAGGGAAAGCUGUUGCUCUGAAAUGUUAUGAAACGUGUCAUAAAGUGGCCAAACGGUGCGGUCAGUGUUGAUGAGUGCCCUCCCAGCUGUGACGGUGUGGGGUCCAGGUGAAGCCAACAUCAGAUGCUGACGCCGUGCGGCCACGAACGGGACAUUUUGUCUCACAUAGCCUUCAUGUACCAUGACUGUCACUGAAAAUGUGUUUAAUGCAGGAGCAAAUGAAGUUGGUGUUUUUGCCCUCAUCAUUUUAUGUAGCAAUUUAAUUUGUUUUAAUGGAUUUGUUUGAUCAUUUUUUUAAGGAGAACAAUAAAGGUGAAAGAACGAGGAUGUUUGGAUUUUUGUUUU